AAACCUGCAGCAAUCGGACAAGCAAAAGUGCGUAGGCUACGUCUACUCAGACCCUGGCGUGACACUAAGCACUUUUCCACUUCAAAGACAGAAGUUUUUAUAAAUAUGGACUUUCUCGUGGAUUUUUGAGUACGGACUCUCAAUCAAAUCUGUGCAUAUGCAUGCUUUAUAAAUGAGGCCACUGAUCUAAAAUUUACAACAUAUGGUGGUUGCUUUUGUGACUGUUCCUCAUACAAAUUGAUUUUCUAAAAUUGGUACUACUAUUUAAGAAAAUUUGUGACUGUUUAGUAUGCUGUGUUUUAUGGGUACAAUAAGUUAUUUGCUCAUGUUGAUGUUCUUCAUGUAAAACGUUAUUUAGAAAACAGCUAUAAAUAAACAAUGAGUAUCACAAACUGUUUCACACUGAUGACUCUGUACACAGAUCAUCAUCAUGUUGCUCAGUGGUUUUUAGGGGUGUCCCAUUGUCACAUAACCACUUCCCUUAAUUUCUCUCUACAGACUCUCAUGAGUUGAUCAGAAGUGCUGUAAAAUGCUCAAGUUAGUGUAACGGUUCAUCUCUUUCAAGUUAUAUAGAAUUUCUUAGCAUGGAUUUUCAUCAAACCAGGAUUCUUCAUCUGAAUCUGUUUGUCUGUUUGUCUGUUACUUCAUUGACUUAUGCAGAUCAUUCAAAAUCCAUCGUGCAAAAGAUUCAGCACUACAUUAACAGGACAGCCAUUGUGGGAGACACAGUAACACUUUACUGUAACAAAACUCUGCUUACUGAUGACAUCACAUGGAAAAUGGAGAACUCUGUUAUUUUUCGUUAUGAGUCAUUCAGUAACAAAACUUUGAGAAACUUUACCUCAGACAGGAUGUAUACUGGCCCAGCUGUUCCAAUGGAAUUGAAAAUAAAUAAAAUACAAGCAUCAGACGCAGGAAAUUAUUCCUGUUACACUUCUACCACAGCAGUAGGAUGGCAAUUAACAAUAACAGAAAACAGAUCAGAAUCUCUGAAACAGAUAUCACACCUCUACAUUAUCAUCUCAUGUACUGCAGUUAUUAUCAUCUGUCUGAUCAUCAGUCUCAGUAUCUGGAUUCACAGGAGAUGGAAAAACAACAAAAAUGCAGGUCAUAGAGAAACAGAACAGGACUUUUCACAGACACCAGACAGAGGAGGAAUAGAGACUCAGAAUCAGUCCUUUGAGAGAUACAACUCAUUGUAUGGACAACUAUGACAUUGAAGAUAAAAUAAUUUAAUUUGACACUUGCUUUUGUUAAUGUAUCAGAGGAAGCAUCCCAACAGUUAGUUAUGUUUUAAAUGUUUGAUCAAGAGGGGUAUUCUUAGUUAUUUCAAACAAAUGUUUUCAACAUUUUUAAGUGUAAUUAUUAGUCUACAGAGAUUUUGUGUGGGAAGCUGUUGACCCCUAGUGGCCAAUGGGCUUACAACAGCACACUGAUGUAUAUAAAAUAGUAUUAAAAAGUAUUGUUGUAUAUAAUUGUAUUGUGUUGUAUAUAAUUCA